AAGCUGCAAUUUCAAGCAAAGUAACCUCACAAAUCUCAAACCCACCCACCGGGAGAAAAAGGUGAGAAGAAAAGCACAAGAGAUUUUGAAAAGGGAAGAAAAAGAACACCUCCAUAACAUCAUCAUCACAGCAUCAAUUUUGCUUUCCUCUUCAUUCAAUCAUACUUCACCACCUACUACCCACCAGCAUCUACUCCCAAGGUUGCAGCACCACUACCAUUUCUCAACAGAUGGAAUCCUUUACUGAAUCAUCUGGGUUCCAUUACAAUACUAGCUCUGAAGUGAUGGUAGACACAGAUGGAGAUAGGGAGUUCUCUGGCCUUCUUGAGAUAUUUGUUCAUCAUGCCAGGAACAUACACAACAUUUGCAUCUAUAACAAACAAGAUGUGUAUGCAAAAUUUUCCCUUACUUACAGCCCAGAUGAGACCCUGUCAACUAGAAUCAUAAAUGGAGGUGGCAAGAACCCUGAAUUCAAUGAAAAUUUGAGGAUGAAAGUAACCCAACUGGAUGCAGUCCUCAAAUGUGAGAUUUGGAUGCUCAGCAGAGCCAGGAAUUAUAUGGAAGACCAGUUGUUGGGAUUUACCCUUGUCCCAAUGUCGUUGGUGGCAGGGAAGGGAAAGGUGACCCAAGAUUUCACCCUUUCCUCCACUGAUCUCUUCCAUUCACCAGCUGGAACUGUCAAGCUGAGUCUAUUUCUUGACACAUCUCUGCCUGUUAAUUCGUCUGCGAAGUCCUCUGAUUCAACUGCUAAUUCAUCCAUAAGUUCAGAGGUUGUGUUGCUGGAUCCCAAGAACUCUGAGGUAUUGGACCCAGUUGAAUAUGGGAGAAUUGAAUUCCCUGAUAUCAAUGUGGUGAAGGAGAACCAGCAAAUGGUUUCUGAGUAUUUCAACAUGGCAGAGCACAGUGCUGCUUUAAGGCCUAGUGUGGUAAGAACUGCUUCUUUUCUUCAUCUUGGUGCUUGUACUCAGUCGGUAGAUGACUAUGACAUGACCAUAAAUUCUUCAGAGGAAAAUUAUGGUGGAUCCAUUUCUCCAAAUGGAAGCAACCAAAAUUCUGGGUUCUUUUCAACAACAACCAGCUUAAGUGAUGACAGAAACUCAGUUGACUCUAUGGAGAAAAAGAGUCAUGCUGCCAGUGAUUCAACUAAUUCAAAUGUUGAGGCUCAUCAGAGCUCUCGGGCUUCUCCGGAUACACCAACGUCAAGGAAAGGGAGUGAUGUCAGAGAGGAGAAAGAGUCCAGUUUCACAAGCAAGGAAGAGGAGGGAUCCAAAGGCAAUAUGCAUCCGGUGGAAUUGGGUCCAGCUUUUACUGCUCCACUUGGGAACAUCAACCUCGACGCUGAGCAGAAUGCAAUGCAGAAGCAAAUAGUUGAUAUGUAUAUGAGAAGCAUGCAACAGUUUACAGAAUCAUUGGCAAAGAUGAAGCUCCCAAUGGAUCUUGAUAAACUGGAACCUGAAGACAAUGGUGUUGUUAUUAACAACCAUAAUAAGAAUCUUGAAACCGAUAAAAAGAAAAAGGAUGGCUCAAGGGUAUUCUAUGGUAGCAGAGCCUUCUUCUAAAUGUUAGGACUUACAAAGUUCAUGGAGUUCCUACCAGCACUGGAGAGUUUAAUUUCAGUAAUUUGGUUUUCGUUGAUAUUUAGGUGUUGCUUAUGAUAUGGGGUCAAAACCAUCAAAGUCUCUGUUGACCUCUUCAUUGUGGCUAACCAGUCUUGUUACACCCUUUGUCUGUGGCAUUCCCACCAGAAAAAAGAAGAAGAAGAUGGAGAAAUGUAUAAUUCCGUGCUUACAGAAGCACGGUUUGCGAUCUUGGUAACCCACAUGUCUGUUUCAAUUAUUUAUCCUGUAACAGCAAUGGCAGUAGCAUUGUAAUUGUUUGUCUUUCUGUCUUAUCCUCUGAGAUUAUAAAUUUCUAGAUUAUUCGUAAUCCUCAUGUUCCAAAUCAGUUUGAAAAUUGAAAAUGGAACAGAUGUGCCAAAGCAAAGGCCAACAUGUUUAUAUAAUGUGAUCACAGAAACUGCUGAUUACCUUACUACACUGCAAUUUUUGGAUAAUGUCAAAUUGCCUUUCAUUCUUUGGUCAA